AUGAGAAUAAAAACAAAAUUGAGAAACGAUUAUCCAAUAUUAUAUCGACCAUUAUUGGUAUGUCGUAUAAAUGGAACAUGGCCGAUUAAUACCAAAUAUAAAUCGUUAAAUAUCUUACAUGGUAUUUAUGGUAAAGCGUUGUGCAUAGCAUGUGUAAUAAUUGUAAUGUUAGAAACGGUUGCCAUCUAUGUAAACGGUAAUGAUAUCGAUGAAUUUCUAACCAUUGGUUCGUUAUUAUUUUUAACAAAUGUAACCGUUUAUAAAUGGGUGAAAAAUACAUUUGAAUUGAGUAAAAUGAAAGGAUUAAUUGAGCAUUGUUCAAAACUUGAUAAACAAUUUAAACGGUCAACGGACGAAGAAGUACAGAAAUUGUAUAAAGCGUAUGAACGAUUUUCAUUGUUCGUUACGAUUUAUCAAACGAUUGCGAUUAUGACGGCAGUUGUAUUGGUUUCGAUGGCACCAUUAUUGAAAGAAAUGUUAAUUGGUGAACGAUAUUUUAUGUUAAAGAACGGAACAAAAACAGAUCGAGUGAAAAAAGAAUUACCAAUACAAAUUUGGCUACCAUGUGAUAUACAUAAACCACCCGGAUAUUAUAUUGGAUAUUUUUACACGGGUUUUAUCGGUAUACUAUUGGGUGGUACUUUUAUUGCAUCCUGGAAUGGUUUAAUUGUGGGUGUUUUUGUUUGUAUUAAAGGAUAUUUAGAUAUUUUAGAAUAUUAUUUAAUAAGUAUUGGUAGCAGAACAUCGAAAGCUUUAACUCCAAAACAAAAUACCUCAUUAAUUAAAAAGGAUAUUGUAAGAGCGAUCGAAUUACAUCAGGAUAUUAUAACUCUGAUUGACGAAGUUAACGAUUAUAUUGGUUUCAUAAUGGUUGUUCAUUCUUUAACAUAUUCUGUGUUAAUUUGUCUUUGUGGCUUUAAAAUAUUUAUUUCAAAAUCAGUGGUUGAAAAAAGUUUCUUAACUGUUUAUACUUGUACAUGUAUUAUAAACGAUCUUAUUGCAUUUUACUGGUUUGGAAAUGAAGUUUUAUACAAGAGUGAGAACAUAGCUACCAGUAUAUGGAAGAGUAAAUGGUACGAUUUUAAUAAAGAUGCGAAUCAAUGUUUAGUAUUUAUGAUGUUACGUUGUCAAAAACCAUUAUGUUUUAAUAUUGGACCAUUCGGAACAAUUUCUGUCAUGACUUGUGUAGGGAUUCUAAAAGCUGGCUACGCUUAUUUGGCCUUAUUAAAUGAAAUGUAUUCGGAUUAA